UUUUUCGAUUUCCGUUUUACUUCCGCAGUGGUAUGUUUUUCUGAACGACCUGUUUCUUUUUUUUUUUACAAUGAAGAUCGUUACUUGGAACAUUAAUGGCAUCAGGACUUUCAAAAGCGGCAUUAAACAGACUCUAGAUUCAUUUGAUGCAGAUAUAAUCUGUGUCCAGGAAACCAAAGUUACAAGAGACCUUCUAGAAGAAAGAACUGCCAUUGUUGAGGGCUACAACUCCUACUUCAGCUUCAGUCGUGGACGCAGCGGCUAUUCAGGCGUUGCCACUUACUGUAAGGACAGUGCCACUCCAGUGGCUGCUGAGGAGGGUCUCACAGGUCUGCUGACCAACCAUGAAGGCGCUGUGGGAUGCUACUGUGACCACACUGACUUUUCAAGUGAGGAGCUGCAGCUUUUGGACAACGAGGGACGAGCCAUGAUCACAAAGCACAGAAUCACGUGUCAGGAGGAAGAGAAAACUGUGACUGUAAUCAAUGUGUACUGUCCCCGCGCUGACCCUGAGAAACCAGAGAGAAAACAGUUCAAACUGCAGUUCUACAAGUUGCUCCAGUGUCGUGCAGAAGCUUUACUAAACACUGGCAGCCAUGUGAUUAUUGUGGGAGACGUAAAUACCUCCCACCGACCAAUAGACCACUGUGACCCCACUGAUAUUGAAGAUUUUGAUGAAAACCCUGGCAGGAAAUGGCUGAAUGUCUUCUUGCACUGCGACAGCACAGAGGAGCGACCUGAUGAAGAGUCUGAAAAAACCUCGACUGAUGACAUCCCUGGAGGGAAAUUUGUGGAUACCUUUCGCUAUUUCCACCCAACACAAACCAACGCCUUCACGUGCUGGUCGACUCUCACUGGAGCGCGGCAGACCAACUACGGCACCCGCAUUGACUACAUAUUUGCUGACCUCCAGCUGGUCGAGGGGCAGUUUGUGAAUGCAGACAUCAUGCCAGAGGUGGAGGGGUCAGAUCACUGCCCUGUCUGGGGGCAGCUAAGCUGUGCCGUCCUGCCUUGUAACAGGCCUCCGCCCCUCUGUACUCGCUAUCUUCCAGAGUUUACUGGCAAGCAGCUGAAACUAUCACACUUCCUUGUAAAAGUGGAGCAGAAAACAGUUCACUCCAUGCCAAAAGAUGCAUUACCUGGAUCUCAGGAAGAGGAAGAAAGGAGGGAGAAUUUAAAACCAUCAAAAACUGAAAAUGUAUCGGGUAAGAAACGUGUAAUGACAUCUGAUGUCCCCAAGGGGAAAAAGCCAAAGACUGUCUCAGCGCCACAGGGCAGCCUCUUCAAUUUCUUCAAACCUAAAGUUUCAAAUUCUGUCAACCCUGUGGAGCAGUGUAAAAACACGGACAACCUGGAUGAAACUACUUCAGCACAGAACUCUAAUGAAGGUUCGACACCAGGGGACGGCGUGUCCUCAGCGCUUGGACACACAGAGCCGUUCUCUGAUCAUCGUGCACAGACUGACCCCAAAACCAAUGCCUCAGAAAACGCCAACAAGCAGGUGAGGACACAACACCCGUCCCCCCGGCCCACUGUGGGACACUCGAACAGCAACAAACAAGCCUCUCAGGUGUUUUGGAAAUCCGUCCUUCAAGGGCCGCCUCCACCACCGUCCUGUAAGGUCCACGGGGAACCGUGUGUUCUUCGGACGGUGAAAAAAGAGGGGCCAAACAUGGGCAAACAGUUCUUUGUUUGUGCGCGUCCUCAGGGCCACGCGUCCAACACGGAGGCUCGCUGCAACUUCUUCGCAUGGGUCGAAAGGGGGAAAGGAUGCAAACAAGUAUAAAUACAAAUGUCAAAUGAUUUCACAGAUUUUACUAACAAAUGUCUUUUAGUUUCAUAAAUAAUACAAAUAAAAAUCAUGCUACAAA